ACACACCCUUACUUCUGUCCCCUUCUCUGAGUCUGCUCUGCUCGUCCCCAAGAACACGAUUCAGCGACGCGCGCGCAACAGUGCCGCCGCGGCCGCCGGCAGGUUUGACCCAUCCAAAGCCAACCCCCAAACCGACGAAUCAAUCAAGAACCCCCCCGAAUCUAAAAUCUUUCUUUAAGAGCUCUCCCUCCCCUGGAGCGGCUUCUCCCGCAAGCCGCUGAAUUUUUCCACCACCACCGGUCGUCGCGGAUUCCCGCGACAGCCAGCCAGCGAGGACGCGCGCUUUCUUUUUCUUCUUUGUUUUUCCCUCGUCCUCUCCGUCCGGCUGCAGAAAAGCUUCCAUCUCUCUGAAGCUGUCCUUGAUUCUUGCGGAGGUAGACAGGCAGGUGUAGUCCUUUGUGUGCCCGUGCGUAUAUGUGAGCGAGUGCUACCGGGCGCGUCGACGCCGGCGACGAACGAACGAUCGAUUCGAUUCGACUCGAUGGACAAGGUGAAGGCGUGGGCGGGGGCCAACUACGCGGAGCCCAUGGGGUCGGUGGAGCAGUCGCUGCGCGUCGCGUACGUGGUCCUCUCCUUCUGCGCCGCCUUCUUCCUCGGCGGCAUCAAAGCGGCGGUCGUCGGCCCGGUGGCGGCGGCGCUGAUGGUGCUGGGCAACGUCGGCGUGAUACUCCUCCUCUUCCCGGCGCACGUCUGGUGGACCAUUUACUCCCUCAUCAAGACUGAACGCAUCAACGCCGGCCUGAAACUAGCGGUGCUCAUCGCGCUGCCGGUGCUGUUCGGCCUCUGGCUGGGGCUGGGCAUCUUCGGGAGCGCGCUGGUCGCCCUCGGCUAUGGCUUCUUCACGCCGUGGAUCGCCACCUUCGAGGCGUUCAGGCAGGAGAGCGAGUCCAAGAAGUUCGUGCAUGGCGUCGUGGACGGGACGUGGGGGACGAUUAAAGGCAGCUGCACGGUGGUUAGGGACUUUGCGGAUUUAUGCUUCCACUCGUAUCCUGUUUAUCUGAAGGAGCUGCGCGAAAGCUCGCAGAAUUGCGAGCCCCAUUCCAUCAGGGUGUUGGAUGUGCCCUCAUGUAUAGCUGUUGGUCUCUUGGGAUUAAUCGUUGACAUUCCGCUCUACACCGUAAUUGCGCUGAUAAAGAGCCCCUAUAUGCUCUUCAAAGGUUGGCAGAGGCUGCUUCAUGACCUUAUAAGCCGCGAAGGUCCAUUCCUUGAGACAGUUUGUGUGCCGAUCGCUGGCCUGGCUAUCCUUUUCUGGCCUCUGGUGGUUGUUGGGAGUGUCCUACUAGCUAUCGUCUCGAGCAUUUUUGUGGGUCUCUACGGAGCAGUCGUUGUCUACCAGGAGAAGUCGUUCCAGAGGGGAGUUUCUUAUGUGGUUGCCAUGGUUGCGGAAUUUGACGAGUACACCAAUGACUGGCUUUAUCUCCGGGAAGGGACAGUUCUUCCGAAGCCUUCCUACCGUAAGAGAAAAUCGUCCAGUUCCACGGAGUUUUCAGUCAGAACGAAUGCUUCUGUUAAAGGAGGCGACCAACCUAGUUCCAAUGAAGCUCCAGCAAUGCUGGUUCCAACUUUGGCCCCAGCAAGGUCAGUUAGAGAGGCCAUACAGGAAGUCAAAAUGGUCCAGAUAUGGGAAAAUAUGAUGAAGAAUUGUGAACUGAGGGGCAGGGAUCUUCUGAAUUUAAACGUCAUAACAACUGUUGAUCUUACUGAAUGGUUACGAACAAAGGAAAGUGGGCAUGAAGCAAUAGGACUGGGAGUACCUUCUUAUUCUCUGCUGUGUAUGAUCCUCCAUUCGAUCAAGGCCGGUUCUGGAGGGCUAUUGAUAGGCAAUGGCAUCGAAAUCAAUCAAUAUAACCGCCCCCAAGAUCGGUUGAUAGACUGGUUCUUGCACCCUGUGCUGGUGCUGAAAGAUCAAAUACAAGCGCUGAAAAUGACGGAGGAAGAAGUGAGGUUCUUGGAGAAGCUGACCCUUUUCAUUGGUAAUUCUGAGAGGGCAAAUGGGUGGGAUAAUGGUGCUGAAAUCCCCCAAGAUCCUGUAAGGGCAGGACAGAUCCAGGCCAUCAGUAGAAGGUUGGUUGGAAUUGUAAGGAGCAUGUCAAAGUUUCCUACGUACAGGAGGAGACACAGGCACGUCAUGAAACUGCUCGUCACGUACUCCGUCGAGAAGGAAGGGUCGUUCAGAUCAUCCGCGUCGAAUCGAUCAGUACCUAUCUUUGAGAUAACGCAAUUGGAAGUGUAAUUGAAAGUUGAAACCAUAUUCAGAAAUCAGAGUCAGAUAGGUCCCUUCUUCAAAUGGUCUUCUUUCUUCAGUAAAUAUCGCACGCCGUUUUGUCAGUGCUUGUGUUUCCCCAAAUCUAGGAGGUUUUGUAUAGCUUUAUUUUUUUUACAAGGAGAGAGAUGCCUCACUCCAGAACUUCUCGCUGUGAGAUUCAUUUGCCAAAACUGCAGGCAUGAAUGAAUCAUCCAUUGUACAUUUGUAUUGUAAAUUCUGUACAUACUCCUUGAUCAGAUCAGAUACACAUGCAUGUUGGUUCUUUUACCUUUUGCAA